CCUGAAGAUAAGCAUUUUUUUUAACAAAAAUUUGUCGCAUGUCAUUGCAAUCUAUCCAUAAUCCCUACAAAGGGACCAGGUCCGACAUAGCAUAGAAAUGCUAUAUUUGUAGCUCAUGUCCCUGGGGAUCAAGUCGCUAUGGAGAGCUCAAUGUUACAUAGCUCAUGUCAGCGGGCUCUCCCUGAUUCCCAGGGAGCAGUGCCAUCCACUCUACCAGGAAUUAAACCUACGUCGAUGGAUCUCGACUGGACGUCGACUUACGAGAACAAACUUUUUAAAGAACACUACUACGAAUGAAUCUCCAAGGAAGAUAAGAUCUUACCGGGCUAUUAUUAGAGCGGCGCGCAAGCAAGUUACUAAUACGAGAUCCGGUCUCAAACCCAAAACAUCCGAACUUGUGAAGCGAGCAGUUCGAUAUCCCACCAAGCAAGAGUCGCAUCGCACCUUGCGCAGGCGUUGGCGCAGUGCUGCGAAUGAACCUUCAAAGAAGAUAAUAUCUCAGUCGGCUAUUGUUAGAGCAGCGCGCAAGCAAAUUAUUAAGACGAGGUCCGGUCUCAAACCCAAGGCCUCUGAGGUUGUGAAGCGAGAAAUUCUAUAUCCCACCAAGAGAGAGUCGCGCCGUAGCUUGCGCAAGCGUCGGCACAGUGCUGCGAGACAACAUAUAUACGAUAGCGAGCGUGAAUCCCGUUCGGAGCGUUUCAACGGCUGGCAACCCAUCUUCGACCUGAUGUACAAGCAUACAGUUGAUAUUAGCGAAAUAUUACAUUUCCGAAUCAUCAUAGGGAAGGGUAUAGCAGCCGAAGCUCGUGUGCUAUUCUCGGAACCGGACACACAUAUCUCUCAGAUCGGCCGCAGGAACGAAAGUCACGUUCAAAUCAUCGAACAACCCUGCGCCAAAAAUGAAGGACUUAUUCUUAGUCUAUCCGGUUCUGAGGACUCGGUCCGAAAGACACUUGUAGAUAUCGUGGGAGUGGUAGGUAAGAUUACCGCUGUUAGGGUAUCCGACCCAGCCACGGAAUCUCUAUUGUCAAAUAUGUGGAAGGACACAACAGAAAAACGACCCGAGAUUCUAUUAUUCGAGGAUGGGGAGGUUACGGCUGACGACAGGAUGUUAACCGUGCAAUCCUCUUCGAAUUCUACCAAGUACAAAACCUAUCGCCUAAAAAGGCGAGCAAAUAAUGUCAACCGCCCUGGAAAAUGGACCCAAGACUCUUUCGAGAAAUACGUUGCCAGUUUAGUUUAUGGCCGAAUGCCACCGCAUGUGGCACGAAAGUUAUACCCGACAUUUCCUGACCAUCAGGAAGUAGUUGUAAAUCUUCUCACCGCGUUGUUCACCGCAGAGCAUACUAGAAAAGCAGCGUCCCUCUCUGCUUUGAAAAUGGCUAUCGAGUUUAUCGAAUCCAGAGGGAGAGGUUUCCGUCAAGCAUCCCGGACAAUCUUCAACCAGGCGGAACUCCUCGGCUUGCCUAUGGAUGCUGAAGUAUUUAACAUAUUUCUCAUUAGUGCGUCAAAGGCUGCUGACCUCGAGGGCUUCUAUAGCAUACUCAAGGCGAUGAUCCGAAAAGGGUUUGCCCCGCAAGGCCGUUCUUGGGUCGCUUUCCUGGAGAUGAUACAAAGCGUGCACGUCAAGCGUUUUAUUAUUACGAUGCUGAGGCACAAGGGACUUAAUCACAACUCGUCAACUCUCUGCGCAAUAGGUAGACAGAUUGCAAUUGUCGAUCUUGAACAUAGCGUUUCGGAGGAUUUCGAUAUACAAACUUUUAUACACAAGCGAGAUAGGAAAUACGGGCCUAGGUGGCUAGACACGAUUACCGUUAAUAAGCUUAUGGAUAUACUCGGAGCGCAUCAAAAUUGGGAUGCGUGCAAUGUCUUAUUGGAUCACAUCUAUGCCACGGGCAUCACAUCACCCAAUGCCGUCACAUUGAACAUAUUUCUGACUCACACAAGGAGCUUGCCACUACAAUUAGGCUUUAUGAAAUCCAUGUUCACGCGCUGGCGAAGGCUAGUACCGAACCCAGACACAUAUCAUAUACUAUUUCGAGAAGCUUGGACGAAAACAUACCCCAACAUGCUUCGGGUCGUCUUCAGAUAUGCGAUUCAAAACCGUCGCACAACGCCUAAAAUGAGGUAUGUUCUGAACGAACUCCUCACGCAAGACGUAAAGCGGAACACCCGCUGGGCUUUUCUGAAGACGUGGGAAGAUGUGAUCUUCGGACAGGAGGGAUUGGCGGAGGCUCGCUCGGCUCGUGGAGAUACCUUGGAGCUGAUGCACCUGAUAUAUUUGUACGUCCAACAGGCACGAGGCAUGAGACUCAAGGACCUAUUCAUGAAGAAGCUUGAGGAAGCCGUCGAGAUGGAUGUGACGAUUCACCAACUUUUGAAGAACAGGAUGAUCGUGAAGCCAUCAGCAUCAGUAAGAGCGUCGCUCUCGGUGCCAAUACCACUAAUGAAAUUGAAGAGACAGCCUAAACCUUGGGGGCUCUGGAAGAAAGGUGAUGGUUCUGGAGGCGAAAAAGAAGAAUAAUUCGCGCGACAGAGAAAUAGGGGCUCGAUUCGAGCUCGACGUGUUGUAGAUGAAGGGAUAUUAUUAUAUAUUAUGUUUAUGUCUACCUAGGUAGGUAGGUAUAACUGAUAUUUGUAACACUACGGAUGGGAUGUAGAUUAGAAAAGCAAAACUAGACGAGAGUUAGAUGUAUAGAUAAAUGCUAGAGGUAUGAUGGAUAGAGUACCUAAGCCGAUACGAAAAAUUCCAAUCAACUCAAGAUAUAAACCGAGGUCCAUUAUGAAGGUACCUAGGUACGGGCUUAUUGUGAAUAAAUUGGUGUAUAAAAUAAUAUGAGG